AUUAAGCUGGAGGCCCGCAGGGAAAGCAGAGGAGGAGAGGAGGAGGAGAGAGGAGGAGCUGACGAAGAGAGAGGUGGUUAACGUCACACACCUGGUGAUCCCUGCCGAGCUUGGCUCUUUACUGCAGGCUGCAUCAGGUGGCAGAGAGCUCCAUUCUGAGUGUCUAGCUCUGGUCCAGGCACCACACAUCCAGGAGCAGAACCAGCUGACUCUGCCGCUGGACAUCAACGACUACCCCUUCAGCCGCUACGCACAACUCUACUUCAGGGAGCCUAUGUUUGGGAUGCUAACGGUUCCCUUGGAGAGGACCCUGACAUGUACAGAUGAGGACCUCCGACAGGAAGCUCUGGAGCUGUUCGUUAUGAUCCUGAGGUUCAUGGGCGACCCCCACCUGAAUGGGGCUCAGGAGAACCUGUUUGGGAACUACAUCAUCCAGAGAGGACUGGCCAAUCAGGGCCUGCGAGACGAGAUCCUGGCUCAGCUGGCCAACCAGGUGUGGCGGAACCCUAACCAUGACAACGCAGAGAGAGGCUGGCUGCUGCUGCUGGGGUGUGUCUGCUGCUUCCCCCCCUCCGCCAAGCUGCACACACAUCUACUGAAGUUUGUGUCUGACCACGCCCCUGCUGGUUGCCGGGCACUGCUGCAGCACCGGCUGAUCCAGGCCAAUCAGAAGUCCCGGCUGUUAUCAGGCUCCGCCCCUGAGACAGCACGCACCUAUCCACUGUCUCUGUUGGAGUGGACAGCCAAUAGGAAGAGGGCUAACAUGGUGCUGCAGGUGUCCUGCUUCGACGGAGAAUCGUUCCUGUGUCCCGUACAAUCCUGGACCAGCGGAGAAGAUCUAGCGGGAGACAUCCUGCGACACAGGGGAGUGUGUGAGGCGUGGAGGGGGUUUUCUAUACUGAUGAAGGAGCAUGGGCAGUGGGCGGAGCUAGCCGGUCAUGAUUACGUCAUGGAUCUGAUCUCAGACUUGGAGCUGCCGUCCGACUUCCCCAAACAGAAGAGUUACUUCAUCAUCUCAGCUGAGGAUCCUAAUAGGGUUCGAACCAACGCCAGCCUGACUCUGUUUGGCAGUGGUUUUGACAGUGAUGAAGAGCUGCCCCCACCCUUCCUCAGCGCCACCCAACCUGCGUACAGCCUGCCAGGCUCUGACGGAUACUCCAGCCAUGUGGAGUCUGAUGUGUUCAGCCAUGGUCAGACUGAGAGAGGGGUGGAUCGCUACCUGGACAGCCUCUUCAACCCUGUGUUAUCAGACGGCAGCACGGACCUGGACAAGCCAGCCAGUAUGACAGGCCGGAUGAAAGGAGGAGGAGGAAUAGGAGGAGGGAGGAGGAGAGGGGUCAGGCCCCCUCCAGCAGACCAUAUCCCCCAGGACUACAGCCCGGAGGUUCUCCAGAACAGACAGGGAUGGCUCAGCAGCAACAGACCAUCAUCAACCAGCAAGCCAUCAUACUGGCCCAGCAGAUGACCAUGCAGGCCAUGG